AUGCUUUCAAAACGGCGAAAAACUGUUACUGGCAAGUCCGUGUCGCAGCAAGCACCUAAAAUCAAACCUCAUCGAGCUAGACGUAUUAUAAGGCGAUUCCAUCUGCUGAUCAAUAAGAGACGAAUCAUAGCUGGUAGGCUGAAGUUCAAGCUUGCUGAAAACGAUGAAAUGUGCGCCGAGGAAACUGUGAACGAAACGGUCAAAAGUUUGCGACUUUUGCCUCAUUAUCGCGAAGGUUGGAACGCUUCUCAUCCGGACGCCCAAUUGGAAGAACAGAUGCUCAAGGUACAGGGAAUCGAAGAUUUUCAAAGUCUUGCCCGUGUGCUUGGCUACAUAAUGUGUGAGAUUCACAAUCGUGGUGGCCUGCAAAACUACCAAUUAGCGAGUACAAUCGGACAGGACAAAAACCGCGGUGGGGACUCAUCGAAGAUCUUGAUCAAAUGGUUUCAAGAGGUGAAAGACCCACAAAAUAAGUAUCGAGCAUUGGAAAUCGGAUCUUUGAGUGCACGCAAUGCCAUUUCCACCAGUGGGAUUUUCAAUCCUGUGGUCAGAAUCGAUUUGAACUCCAACGAUCCUGCUAACAUAGAACGCCAGGACUUCAUGGAGAGGCCUAUACCUAAAGACGACACGGGGCGUUUUGAUUUGAUAUCGUGCUCGCUUGUGCUGAAUUUUGUGCCGAGCCCUGAGCUUCGAGGAGCUAUGCUCAAGAGAUUCGAGAGUUUUCUGCGACGUGAUGCAAAGUCAACAUACAUGUUUUUGGUUCUACCGCUUCCGUGCGUGAAUAACUCUCGAUAUAUGACACAGGAAAUGCUUUGCGCUAUGAUGACCUACCUUGGAUACGAAAUGAUUAAUGACCACAAGUCGCAUAAGAUAAUAUACAUGCUGUUCGAGCGGGAAAACUCAGAAGAGCGCCCAAAUGUCCCUCCCUCAGCAAAUUCUUUCGCCAAGAAAAAGAUUCUUAAAAACCAACCAGGCAUGAAUAACUUCAGUGUUCUUCUGUGA